AUGUCUUCGCUACGCCUGGCAGCCAAGACUGUGAAUUUUGCCGAUGCUCAUGUGGAAGCGUGGCAUGAAGCUCCAGAAGAUCCAAACUCUAACUCUAACGUAUCUGGUGGCGCCUUUUUCAGUGAGGGGUCAUUCACUUUGACCAGGUCCCGCCUGACAGUGAGAGGUGCUGGAGCUAUUACGAUGCAUGGUGGUGGCUUUGCAGCUGAGGGAGACUUGAAUGUGCGCCAAGACUCUAAAGUUGUGAUCGAAAACGUUUCAGCGAUGUCUGGUGCUGGCUUCCAUGUCAAGGGCAAUGUCUACAUUUCUGAGAACUCAACAGUCCUCAUCCGGAACGCCAGAUGCAGCAAGAAUGGUGGUGGCUUCUCAGCCCUGAGAGCCAUGCAGGUGACCAACAGCUCAGUCGUCAGCCUUCAGAAUGUGACUGCUCGAAACCAUGGAGGAGGUUUCCUUGCCAUUGGCGAGGUUGAGAUAGCUGGGAAUUCGACGGUCAAGAUUUCCAACAGCCGCGCUGGAUCAGGAAAUGGGGGAGGUUUUGACAGUGAAAAGGGCUUGAAAAUGUCCACUGGCUCAAGACUCAUCAUUAGCAAUGUGAUAGCUGGAAAGUUUGGAGGAGGAUUCUAUGCCAAAGGCAGGAUCGUGAUCAGCAGCUCCACAGUUAGCAUCCAAUAUGCCACCUCUCAGCAAUAUGGUGGAGGUUUUUUUGCUGGGAACGAAGCUGUCAUUGACGGGAUGUCAAAUGUUAGCGUUUCAAUGUCAAGAUCGGGAGAGCAGGGUGGGGGCUUCCAAACUGGACGCUUACUCGUGACCAACAGCUCAACUGUCAGCCUUCAGAAUUUGACCGCUGGAAGCCUUGGAGGAGGUUUCAUUGCCUUUGGAGAGGUCGAGAUCAUCGGGAACUCCACGGUCAACAUUUCCAACAGCCGCGCUGAAUCAGGAGACGGGGGAGGCUUUCGCACUGAAUCGGGCUUGAAAAUGUCCAACGGCUCAAGACUCGUCAUUCGGAAUGCCACAGCUGGAAGGCAUGGAGGAGGAUGGUUUGCCACGCGCAGGAUCGUGAUCAGCAGGUCCACAGUCAGCAUCCAAGAUGCCACCGCCCAACAAUACGGUGGAGGUGUUGCUGCACUGGAUGAGGUUGUCGUUGAUGGGAUGUCAAGCAUCCGCAUUUCCCAUUCAAGAGCGACAGAGCAGGGUGGAGGCUUCCAAGUGAACGGACGCUUGCAGGUGUCCAACAGCUCAGUUGUCAGCCUUCAGGAUGUGAUUGCCGGAAACCAUGGAGGAGGUUUCCUCGCCAUCGGGGAGGUUGAGAUAGCUGGGAAUUCGACGCUCAAGAUUUCCAACAGCCGCGCUGGAUCAGGAAAUGGGGGAGGCUUUGUGACUCCAAAGGGCGUGAGGGUGUCCGGCUCAAGACUCAUCAUUGGGAAUGCAGUAGCUGGAUCGAGUGGAGGAGGAUUCGAUGCCAGAGGCAGGAUCGUGAUCAGCAGCUCCACAGUUAGCAUCCAAAAUGCCACAGCUUGGAUUCUUGGUGGAGGGUUUUCUGCAGCUGAUGAGGUUGUGAUUGAUGAGAUGUCAAUCCUGAGGAUUUGCAAUUCAAUAUCGGGAAGGCAGGGUGGAGGCUUCCAAACCGACGGACGCUUGCAGGUGAGCAACAGCUCAAGUGUCAGUCUUGAGAAAGUGACCGCUGGAAGUCAUGGAGGAGGUGUCAAUUGCCUUGGGGAGGUUGAGAUAGCUGGGAACUCAACUGUAAACAUUUCAAACAGCCGCACCGAAACAGGAAAGGGUGGAGGUUUUGUUGCUGAAAAGGGCCUGACGGUGUCCACUGGCUCAAGACUCAUCAUUCUGAAUGCGACAGCUGGACAGUCUGGAGGAGGAUUCUUUGCCGAAGGCAGGACAUUUAUCAGCCAUUCCACAGUCAGCAUCCAAAAUGCGGCGGCCUGGCAACUUGGAGGAGGGUUCUUUGCAGGAAGCAUUGCGUUUGUAAAUUCAUCUACUGUGGCCGUGUUCAGCACCCAUGCAGGGGCAGAUGGUGGUGCUUUUUCAGCUCUUGGUUUGUCUUUGCACAGAAGCUCGAUGUCCAUCGGCAACUCCACUGCAGACAGAUCAGGCUCAGGAGGUCGUGUAGAUGGUCAAGUGCUUCUUUCAGCACAGUCUACUUUGGUGGUGAAACAUGCCCAAGGUCUCGACAAUUCCAGUGUGCUAGCAGCAAGCUGCCUCCACCUACGUGAUCGGUCGCAGGUUCUUUUUGACGGACUUGUCGGUGGCCAUGGGGUGGAGCUGCAAAACAAUGGAUGCUCUGCCCUUUGCUCAAACAGCACGUUCCAUGUUGCAGAGGAUGCAGCCCUCAACGCCAGUGGUCGCUUGAGCUCCGGUCUUCUCUCCCUUGCAGCCUGCCCAAAGGAGAAGGUACGUCUCUCAGGGAUCCAUUUGCGCUCCUGGUCCAGCGCGUUGCUCAGCACCCGCCCAAGCUCUGUGGUGGUCGACCAAGUGAGUGUCGACUACGAACCACCGGUCAACAACUUGCAGGUCCUGGCAGCCAAGGACAGCUUCGAGAUCGACUCUUUGACGGUUUCCUGCCGGAACUGCACCCGGGGCGUCACUUUCAACGUCACAAAGGACGGAACUCUUAAAGCCGUGAGCUCUGAACACCUUCGGUGCUCCAAGACAGCCACAGCGUUGAAAGGCUUGACGCAACGUUGCAAGUGUUCCAACUACCAGAUUGCAACCCAACGCUUCCGCGAUGUCGAUAUGGUGCCCUUGGAGAACAUUUUCCAGACGUGCAUGUUCUGCAAACCUCACUUCCACUUUCAGAAUGGCGAUUGUCCAAAAUGUGGAAUCUUCAAUGCUUGGUCUGAUGGGAACGAGGACGUUUGCCAUGUUCUGCCACGCAGGAAGACGGAACUUAUCACACUCUUGACAGGUGGAGCCGUUGUUGUCAUUUUGACCUUCCUUGCGUUCGAGAUUUUGCACGCUCCUUUGAUGAUCCUCGAUGCGAAGUCAGAUUUGGCAGAUCCAACACAAGCUGAAAGCAAGAGGACUUUCACGCUUUCAGUGCAAGGCCCUAUCGUUGAUCUUCAUAAAAGCCUGUCUCGCUUGAUGCACCAGCGAGUGCGCUAUCGGGCAAAGGGAACGGGGUUGGUAUGGCUGGACUAUGAGCAGAAGAAAUCCAACGCAAUCAAAGUUCGCAAUAUUGCACGUAGAAAGCUUCUGUUGCAAGACACGAAUCCCCCAUUUGAUUGCGCUACGUGCAAGGGAUCUUUGCAUGCCGCUGAUUUUUUUUACCUGCUCGGCUUGCUCACUGCAUGCAUAUCAGUGACGGCAAUGCUACCUGUCAUCAUCAACGUAGCAGUCACAUCGGGAAACGGUGUGGGACAUGUUUUCGUUACUGCAAUUUAUGUGACCCUUCCUCUGGUUGCUGCUGCUGCGCUGCUGCACUUUCCGAUCGCGUGGCUGAUCCAACGGCUAUAUCGUAGAACGUCAUUUUCGGAGGCUUUGGAUGAGUACCGGAAGCAGAUCAACUGCAAGCCAUUCACAGGGCCUGAUGCAACCCAUCCUCGCAACCAGGGCUUGCAGGUUCUGAAUUUGCGCGGUUUGUGGAAGCACUUCGAGAGCUUUAUACUGGAGCGCAAUAUGCACUUUGUGGUCGCCAACAUAGUCACGCCCCUGACUCAAAGCAAAGGAGUUUCCUUUGUAGCCCUUUGGGGUGGCAGGCGGGUGGAUUACUUUGUGUCCCAUUCCUGGGGCACCAGCUUUCCGCAUUUCGUGCAUUCCAUCCAGUGCCAUGCUCUGUCCAAAGAGGGGCCCACUUCUUGGAUUGAUGCAGCAUAUUGGAUUUGUUCGUUCGCGAACAACCAGUGGAACAUUGGAGCCGACUUGGGAAAUGAUCCCAUGGAGAGCGCCUUUGCACGAACUUUGACUGCGGGAAUCAAAGGAGUUGCGAUGGUCUUGGACCAGGAAGUGCAACCUCUCACAAGAGUUUGGUGUCUAUUCGAAUUUCUGCUGUCCAGCCGGGAGCACUUGGAGUUGGUUUUUGUCACCAACGUUGGUGUAAUAGGUGAUGCUGCUUGGCACAAGCAGUUUUGUCUCAAAGUAUGUGGAACUGGAAACCAAUGCUGUUUCCGUCCAUGA